AUGUCGUCCUACAGGCAUUACGGUGGCUCCGGGGUAUACGGCUCGAGGCUCGGUGCUGGCAGCGGCGGCUCUACAUACGGCAAAAGUACCAACAGCAGCACCUCCACUACCGGAAAUACUUACGGAAGCAGCGGUUACAGAAGCAAUUACGCACCGACCAGUGGCUCGUCGGCCCUGAGAGCCGCAGCGGCGGCCAAAGAAAAGUUCGGUAGUGCCUACGCAAGCUCGAAUUACGCCGCCGCGAAGAAAGACGCGGAUAAGGACAAGCCGACGUACGGAUACUUGUAUAACAAAAAUGCGGACAAAGAGAAGCCGAGCGUCAGAAAAACGACGAUGUCGACGACGAGGUCCGAGCAGCUGCGCCCGAGCAGUCGGGCAUCGAGCAGCGGCACGAGCAGCCCCUACCUGGACCGCUACGGGAGUUCCUCGUCGGUUCACAGCGCCCGAGAGUCCGACAACGGCCUGUCCAAGUCGUCCUCGAGUUACGGGAUCGGCAGGAAGGACACCGGCGUCGGCUCGACGUACCGAUCUAUGUACUCGAGAGUUCCUUCGUACAGUGGUAAAACGGAAAAUUCGACGCAUAACAACGAAUCCAAGUCCAACGGCGCGACGCCCAACGGUCGUUAUUCCGCUCCGAUUCGAAACAAUCCCGAGCGCGUGAUAGCCACCAUCAGCCACACGAACACGAAAAAGUUUCAAGUUAUCAAACCCAGCAGCGUGAUCGCACCUAAAGGUAACAAGCCAGAAGUUCAAACGCAGAAAAAAGAGGAAACGAGGGCGGAAGAAAAGCCAAUAACGGCGGAAGACGACGAAGAAGAAAACGAAAACGCAUCCGAAGAGGACGACGAGGAUGAGGAGGAAGAGGAGGAAUCGGGAGAAUCCGAGGAAGAGGAAGAAGAAAUCGUUAUAAAGGUAUCGACCCGAGGCACCUCACCGACACCUCCCCCCGCGCUCACGGCCUUCACCAGGACGAGGCGGCUCGAGCCCAUUCCCAAGGUCGUCGAGAGGCGGCUCAAAAGGUCGCAGCUCGCGGCGACUCAGAGACGCGACCAGGAGCAGCAGAUCGACGAGUCGUUUCGCGAGAAGCAGCACGUCUCGAGGUACACGUCCACUGGUCGAGUGUCCGGUGUGCCCUGGGUCUCGUCGUACAUCGACAAGUUCAGCAGUACGGCUUCGUACACGCCGCGCACGGGUUACAGCGCGUCGACGACGACGACGAGCAGUAGUAGAGGAAACAGCGGUAACAGCAGCUUCGGCGUCUCGAGGUCUCGAGACUCGGGUUACUCGUCGGUAAAGGACACUUCGUCGUCCGUCAAGGAUCUGUCGACGCUGAACGACGCCGAGAGUCUAAGAAGUCACAACACCUACUCGGAGACGUCGUCGAUUUCGAGGGACACGAGCGCCCGAUCGUCACCCAGUCCGAUAAGACGCAGGAGAACGACGACAGGUGAGGAGAAACAGCAACGAAAAUCCGAAUCGCGAAGUCGCGACAGCUCGCCGCGAAUCGUCGAGGGUCAGGAUAACAAUCACCACCAAGCACAAAAUAACAAUAACAAUAACAGGAGAGACUCAACGAGCAGCAACGCGUCCUCGACGUCUCACAGUCGCAGCAGUACUGCCGCCGCCGCUACGAAAUCGCGUCAAAGCAGCGUCGAGUCUGUCAGUUUGCCAAGCGGCAGGUCAGGUGGUAAGAGCAGCAGCAGCAGCAGCAGUAGUAAUGCAUCGAUGACGAAAAUAAAGCUAGCGGCUAACGCCACGACGUCGUCGUCGCCACCAGCAGCAGCAUCAGCAACGCCGCCGAGCAAGUGUGUUGCUGCAGCCGCGACUGUCAGUACGCGUCAGGCUUCCCCGGCCUACGCGCGCGACCGGAAACCACCGGUUCCGAAGGCGACGUCGACGGAGAUGAUCGGCAAGAGCAGCAGUAGUAGCAGCAACAAUAACAACAUGGGUGCCAAAUACGUCAACAAGGACUUCAGGAAGUCCGCGCUCAACAUGGAGAACGGCGACCCGUCCAGAUCGCAGAUCAUGGAUCGCAAGAUACCCAAGAGGACCCAGAGGAGCGUGUCCAACAGUUCGCAGGAUUCGGACUCGUCCAAGUCGAAAUCGUCCUCGGCCAGUCCAAAGGCACCUGGAAGUAGGAUCGGUUCGCCUAGAUCGACGAAAUCGACUACGACGAAAGAUAUAGCGGCUCGGAGGAGGAGCAGCACCAGCAGCAGUAGAAGCUCGGAGAGUCCUUGCAAGUCUGCCGCCGUGUCGCGUGCCACCUCCGUAUCGGAGGAGUGCGACAGCGAAAACAGCGCCUCGGAAUAUUCCAACAGCGACGACCUCGAAAACAAUCGCAGACGGAGGAAGUCUUCUGCGUCGAGGAGAUCGAGCAAAUCGAGCGACGUCGAACAACAAAACAGUAAUGCUUACAACAAUGACAAACCACCGCUGCCACCGUCGUCGUCGUCAAAGGGCGAUAACAAGAUCGACGAGGCGAAAAAUUUCUUGAUGAAGGCACUGUCACCCGUAGCGAACUUAUUCGCGGGCGGAAAAGAGCAGCAAAAGCCCAACAGCGGUGGAGGUGAAAUUAGAAACGGCGGCUGGGUCGACGCCUCCAUCUCGGACGACAGCAGCAGCAGCAGCAGUUCCGCGUCCGUGUCCAGAAGAUCGAGUACCGACGAACAGCAGAAGAGGCCGACAAGAGGUGAACAGCAACAUCAACAGUUACCCUGGGGCUUGGACACUUUCGCAUCGGACAGCGUAGCGUGCGAAUCGACGGGAGUCGAGACGCGUUUCUCCAGCGUGAGCAGCAGCCGCGACGAUCUCAGCCAAGACACGACUAUCAGCACUGUACUGCCGGACGACGGUAAAUUCAAAAUUCGAGUCUGGCGCCAGGACUCGGAGGAGCGAGCCUUCUGGAACCAGGAGGACGACGAAGCAGCACCAGCAGCAGCAGCAACGACCACAAACAUUCCAGCGGCCUCGCCACCGCCGACUGCCCGAUCGACGCCCGCCUCGACGCCCAGUCAGAGCCGACGCGGCUCGAGCUCUCAGCAGAGCAGAUCGGCGGCCGGCAGCAACAAGCAGCAGCGACUGGCGCGAAUCAAGCGGCAGCAGUCGGGCGAGCUGCCCUGGUGGGAGAGCGACGACCCGGCCCAGGUGCCCGAGGGCGUAAGGGUGCUUACCCCGCCGCUGGGCCAACGCAUCAAGCGCGUCGAGAGCGGCGAGAAUCCCUGGUGGGUCAGCGACACCGCCAGUCCCCCCGAUGGCAUCGAGAGGCAGCCCAAGCAGCCGCAAGAUGAGGACGAUGAUGACGACGACGACGACGAGGAUGAGGAGUUCGUCAGGGUGGACAUUGGAUUGGAGAGCGAGACGUAUCGAGGCAUCGCCGGAUUGGCUCGGUUCCCGCUCAACGGCGAAUCGUUAGGUGAUAGAUCCAGUCCGGAAGGGAUCGAGACUCCGUCCAAUCCACUGGAAGAUUAUUCCGGGGUCAGAGCCUCGUCGCCCUACGACAACGUCAUCGAGGAUCACAACGUCUUUCGUCGCGAAUCGCCCAAGAGAAGUCCUCCGAGAAAGAGACCGGCGAAUCUGCCUCUGUUUAUCGGCGACUCGAAGAAUAUCGACGAUUUAUUGGGCGACGUGGAUGAGCCAGGCAGUAGCGGUGACGAGAAGAACGACGACGAGAAAGACGAGGAGCAGCAGGAGCAGGAGGAGGAAGAGGAAGAAGAGUGCCGAGAGAUCGACGCGGCCGAGGUAAUCAUUCACGACAGCACACCACAAACGCCGUUCAUCCAGCGGAGAAACAGGGACAGCAUAUCGCAACCAGAGGGCUACAUUCCGCUCGACGACACGGCGCUGCAGCUCUACAAGGAUGGCGAUUACGGGGCUUACCUGGACCUCGAGGCAUCCAUCAGCGAGCAGCAGGAGGAAUUCGAGGGCUUUCAAACCAAGUGAGUACCAACGAGAUAAAAAGAAAAAAAUAUUCACGCAUCC